UGCUAGCCUGGAGCUCGCGACGGCGUCUUGCAUUCGCAUUCACUAGCAAGCACUUCGCUGAUCGACCUCCCCUGAUCUGUCAGGCUAGUCGGGGAAACCCGCGUGCCCUCUUUCGCUGGUGGGCCUGCCCCUGAAUUUGCACUAUGUCUUGAGCUUGGGUUAUGACGCUUGCCCCGGGGCUCCUGAGGCAAUGAGGCAGCAACCCUGAUCCUGGGCAAGGUCCUGGGGCGACGGCGGGCCAAAGUUCAGGACCCGCGGACCGCGGUCGCGGCAGUAGCCGAGUGGACCCCGGACAGCGCCCUCUCGAUGCCAACAAGACUGGUAGGACGUGCGAUACAACUUCUUUUGCCCCAAGCCAACCUGGCCUUUGAGCGUGACGAACCUCUGGCAAGACUGCUUCUUGCUGACAGCAGAAACGCCAGUCUGCUUCCAGAGAUACAAAAUUGUAUACUUAAUGUGCAUGAUAGCAUGUUUCAGCUUCGCUUUGGGGCAUUCAAGUUGCCUUCGGUACUUUGCAUCCGGCUUCGCUUGUAGCCGUUAUGGCUCAUUUCCACUUCCCGCUUUAUGCAUUCAGAUAGAUUUAACGCCUGAUAUCAAGACUAAUUCGCGCCGUCUGCAUUGGUGCAUGCAGCGCGCCAAACGCAGAGGACCGCUCGCUGCAAGGCCGUACACCUCAUCGCGGAUGAGGAGCGCGUUUCCAGUCAAAAGCUUCUGCUUCCGCUUUGCCAAAGUUGUCUGACCCUUCAGUCCGAACAACCCACUUACAAUCAUGGCCCUCUCUAUGAAGAUGCGCGCCAACGCGCGCGUGGUGUCCGGUCGCCGCGUCGCCGCUGUGGCCCCCCGCGUGGUGCCCUUCUCGUCGGCCUCCAGCUCCGUGCUGCGCUCUGGCUUCGCCGCUGAGGUGUCUGUGGACAUCCGCCGCGUGGGCCGCUCUCGCAUCGUCGUCGAGGCGGUGAAGAAGUCGGUUGGCGACCUGCACAAGGCUGACCUGGAGGGCAAGCGCGUGUUCGUCCGCGCGGACCUGAACGUGCCUCUUGACAAGGCCACCCUGGCCAUCACCGACGACACCCGCAUUCGCGCGGCCGUCCCCACCCUGAAGUACCUGCUGGACAACGGUGCUAAGGUCCUGCUGACCUCGCACCUGGGUCGCCCGAAGGGCGGUCCCGAGGACAAGUACCGCCUGACCCCCGUGGUGGCCCGCCUGUCGGAGCUGCUGGGCAAGCCCGUGACCAAGGUCGAUGACUGCAUCGGCCCCGAGGUGGAGAAGGCGGUGGGCGCCAUGAAGAACGGCGAGCUGCUGCUGCUGGAGAACGUCCGCUUCUACAAGGAGGAGGAGAAGAACGAGCCCGAGUUCGCCAAGAAGCUGGCCGCCAACGCCGACCUGUACGUGAACGACGCGUUCGGCACUGCCCACCGCGCCCACGCCUCCACCGAGGGUGUGACCAAGUUCCUGAAGCCCUCCGUGGCCGGCUUCCUGCUGCAGAAGGAGCUGGACUACCUUGAUGGCGCCGUGUCCAACCCCAAGCGCCCCUUCGUGGCCAUUGUGGGCGGCUCCAAGGUGUCCUCCAAGAUCACCGUCAUUGAGGCGCUGAUGGAGAAGUGCGACAAGAUCAUCAUCGGCGGUGGCAUGAUCUUCACCUUCUACAAGGCCCGCGGCCUGAAGGUGGGCUCCUCCCUGGUUGAGGACGACAAGAUCGAGCUGGCCAAGAAGCUGGAGGAGAUGGCCAAGGCCAAGGGUGUGCAGCUGCUGCUGCCCACCGACGUGGUGGUGGCCGACAAGUUCGACGCCAACGCCAACACCCAGACCGUGCCCAUCACCGCCAUCCCCGAUGGCUGGAUGGGUCUGGACAUUGGCCCGGACUCCGUCAAGACCUUCAACGACGCCCUGGCCGACGCCAAGACCGUUGUGUGGAACGGCCCCAUGGGUGUGUUCGAGUUCCCCAAGUUCGCCAACGGCACCGUGUCGAUCGCCAACACCCUGGCCGGCCUGACGCCCAAGGGCUGCAUCACCAUCAUUGGUGGCGGUGACUCCGUGGCUGCCGUCGAGCAGGCCGGCGUUGCCGAGAAGAUGAGCCACAUCUCCACCGGCGGCGGUGCCUCCCUGGAGCUGCUGGAGGGCAAGGUCCUGCCCGGCGUGGCCGCCCUGGACGAGAAGUAAAUUGCUCGCAAUUGAAUAAGAACAGUUGCCGUGUAGUUUACGUGUGGACAGAGGUUGAGAUGGCUCUCGGGUCGGUUGUUCGGGAGUGGCGGAGUGUGUUUCGGGUUGUUGGUUUGGUCAUGACGACUUGAGUGGUUGCAGAAAGGGGAGUGUUCCGGAUCCGGGGGCCUCUUGUAUGGGGUCAUGAUUUGGUGCCGACAGCGAAAGCCUGGGAGCCCUGGGCGUCUGGGCCCCGGUGCUGAAUGCGGGCUGACGCCGGGGGAGUGAAAGAACUCCUUUGACCGAGCGUAUCGUGUACAUGAGAGAAGAGACAUGAGCUUUCGCUGAGGCACACUGGCUCCGUAGGCAGGGAUUUUGCGCUCCCCUGAGUGUUCACGGAUUGCCGUACGUAGGCCUGCAGGAUGUGUAAGAAAACAAAUAU